AUGUCCGUCCUGCAAGCCUUCAACGAUAUCACUGCUGCUGUUGUUCAGCCCGCCGGCCCCUUCGCCGCUGAAUCCCCUGCUGUCUUCAUGCUCCGGCAAGACGACAUUGCUCGCUCGUUAAGGAACAAGAAGAGAGGUCUUACUCUGCUCCUGGCGCUCUCUUCAUUCGCGAGCAUUAUACCUGUCAUCGUGCUGGUAGCUACCACUCCACCGCGACGCAUCAAGCCUUCCAUCCGUUGUGGAUGUCAAGCCCGAAUCUCUGUGUGGAAUGGUGAGGCCCUCAUCCCGAUCUCCAUCGGCUACAUGCAUGUGUACAACGCGAUUCAGCGACUUCUGAAGAACUCGCAUCUCCAUGAUCAUGUGAAUGAGAGCUUGCGUUUGUGGCAAGCCUUUAUGAGCAACAUGGCAGAUCGAGUCUACGGUGAUUGGCAAAGGUGUCACAUUAGCGUGGAUGGUUACGGGUACUUUAUCGAUGUUUCCUGUGCGGAAGUGACUCCGUUGGCUGAAGGUCGACCACGGCAUUUACGCACAGGCUAUCAUGAUGGACAAUGA